AUGGACAUCACUAAAUUCAUCGUCGAACACCGGGAUGCGGCAUUUCUUGUCGGCGGACAUGACACUUAUCGAGCGCAGCUCUCGCGACGGUUGCGCACUGUACGAAAGAAACUAGGGCGCGCAACACCUAAAAAUGCGAAGUUUGACAAAAAAGUACCAGUGACCGCCGAGGACAUUGCCAGUAACAUUGAGUUUCUCCACCUUCUCCUACUCACGUCUGAACGUGCUUGGGCCCAUGCUAUGGAUAUGAAGGCGGCACAUUCAAAGGACAACGCCGACAAGAACAUAACGGGCUCCACAAGAAGGCAUAUCAUAUCAAGGCUGCAUAAGGCGGCGCAGCUUGCCAAAGGCAUAGUGGAGAUACUCUCUGACCAGACUACAAGUCGCGCGACAGAUAUGGACCUGUUGGAGGCGCAGGCCUACGCAUAUUCACUGGCCGGAGCUGGAGCGUUCGAGAAAGAGGCUGAAGGAAUAAGAGAGGGCAAAUCUUCAGAUCGCUGGCGGGCAUGUUUAACCGAGUACUCGGCAGCUCGGGUCAUUUACAACGCGCUCUUUAAAUCAACAAAAAAGGAGCUUUUCAAGGAGUUUUUGGUUUCCUCGAUAGACCCAAGCAUCCGAUACGCCGCGUAUCAACACCGUAUACCACGGACAGUGGGAGUGCCGGCUGUCUCGCAAAAGUUUUUCCCAAAAGAUGACGAAGGCCUCGUCCAAGCAGUGGAAAAGCUCGAUGCCGGAGCUUUCCGAGAAGACGAACCUAGCGCCUCUGGGACUACGAUUUCGUGGCGCGGCCGAACGGCAAACAUUGUAGACGCGGCAGUAGGUCAAGCUUUGGUCUCAGUGGAAACGGAAUCCACUCAGCUGGCAGCGGCUUUGGCAUCCUUGAGCUCGGUAAAAGAACGUGCGGCCGCAUAUGACAACGUGCUCCUUGCUAGUCAGGAUGCAGCUGAUGCUACCCGACAAGCUAUCGAGGAGCUCGAAAAGGAAGGGGUGAACGAGGGCGACGCCCGGAUGCAAGAUCUUCGCGUAACCAGCCUCGCGGUUAACUACGACCUCAUCUCGUGGAGAGUCGGACGCAACAGGGUACUUAUCGGGUCUGAUGAUGGGCUCACUUUGGCUCCUUCCUCAACCCAGAAGCCCCGCCGGCCGCGUGGGGAUGGCAAAGAGUGGGCGGAGCGGGAAGAGCCGACGGGGCGGAAGCUUGCGAGGGUUAGAGAACGAGUUGCACUGUAUGACGCCAUUCUCCAGAGCAUUGAUUCUAUCAAGGAGCUGCGCGGCGCGGUCCGAGAUGGUGGAUUCAUGGCGGAGUUGGACGGUCAACGCGCCUAUUUCCAAGCUCUGAAGUGCCUGAAUCUCUCACGUUCGCACGCGUUUCUCUCGUCUCCUAGAGAGGCCCUGGCUCUGGCGCACCGAGCAUUCUCGCUUUCCUCCCAGGCUUUGUCGGCACCCAAAUCGGCCCCAUCCUCGACGGGUAGCGUCCGCAGACUUUCCGUCUCGGAGGAACAGGCGCAGAGGUUGAAUAAGACGUUGGAAGGUCUGACUACCCACUACAGAGGACUGGUGGCCCUGUCACAGCUCUCAGGUGGAUCGGAGGUGCGAGAGAAAGAGCACAAAGCUGAUGCCGUACCGGUGGUGGAGAGAGUCAACGAUUACCCAGCUUCGGGUACCGUGGAUCUGAACAACCUGGUUACGUGGCCUCCGAGGCUGAAGCCAGUCCCGGUGAAGCCUCUCUUCUUUGACGUGGCUUUCAACUACAUUGAGUAUCCUGGACGGGCAGCAUCAGCGGUCGAGCCCGAGGAGGAGAAGGGAGAAGAGGAACCGGAAAGGGUGGUUGAACAGAAGCCAGCGAAGAAAGGCUGGUUCGGAUUCGGCCGUUAG